CCCGCACUCGCGAUAGAGGUGAAAGGAAACUGAUAUCAGGUUUUGGUCUCGUCGCUCUUUGAGCCUGGACAUGACGGUUGAUGGUCAGUGUGGCGCUCGCGGCGCAGUGCACGACUGAGUAUACCCUGCGCCAUGCCAGGCGUCGUCGAGCCCCCAGCCGGGGCUCCUAGGCCGGAGCUAGGCUUUACUGUCGCGCACCAGAAGGUUGAACUUGAAAUCGAUUUUGCGACCAAGAGCCUCAAGGGAAAAACCGAGAUCACAAUUCACCCGCAUCACAAGGAUCUUCGCGAAAUACGAUUGAAUUUCCGGCAAGGCAAGGUGACACAAACAUUUCUUAGUGGGAAGAUACCGAAACCCCCUCUUUAUGUGGACCAAUAUGAGACGCUUCAAUUAUACGGGCCGCAUUAUCACCAGCGUCUUUCAGCCAAGAUAGACCGGCUGCUGAAAACGCCGCCGGAGCCCGAUCUGGUCGUGUCGGUCCCGAAAAGUGUUCGAAUUGAUGAGCUUGACCCUUUCUCCGUUGAAGCCCAGGAUCAGAUGACGCUGCGCGCUACGGGUGCGGUGGAUGAGGCGGAAGGGCCUUUGAGCUCUAAGGCCGCGGAGACCUCACUUCCACGCUUUACGGCACUGACAAUGUACAUCGAAUUCGUCACCGACAACAUACGAGACGGGCUACAGUUUGUUGGGGUCGAAAGCGGCGACAGACGCUAUCCUCAUGCUUAUACAACUAACUCGCUUGGAUACGGAGUUGGAUGUCCUCUUUUCCCCUGUGUCGAUGACCCGGCUGCACGUUGUACAUGGGAGAUAUCGAUAAAAUGUCCAUGCACGCUGGGCGAUAUGUUCGAUCGCAAGUUACAGGAUCAGUCAAAUGCAACUAGUUCAAAUCGGUCGAACGCCCCUGGACCAUAUAUUGCCUCGGAUGAUGAGGCGUUGGAUGUAGCAGUCGUUUGUUCUGGCGAUUUGACGGACGAAAUCAUCGAUCCGACGGACUCAAGCAAGAAGACGGUCUCCUUCGCUUGUUAUUCUCCUCUCUCAGCCCAGCAAGUCGGGUUUGCAGUUGGUCCUUUCGAAUACGUCAAUCUCGCCGAUUUUCGCGAGAGUGAUCAAGAUGAACAGCUUGGCCAGAAUGCGAUUCCUUUGCAUGCGUUCUGUCUCCCAGGGAGAGCGGACGAGGUUCGCAAUACAUGCUUUCCUAUGGCCAAGGCUAUAGACUUCUUCUCCCUGUCAUACGGUUCGUAUCCAUUUUCAAGUUACAAGGUCUGCUUCGUAGAUGACUUGCCUGAAGGCACACUGCCAACAGCCUGUCUUUCUAUCUGCACUAGUCACCUCUUGUUUCCUGAAGAGGUUAUUGAUCCGAUGUAUGAUUCGACUCGUACUCUGGUUCAUGCUCUGGCUUCUCAGUGGAUUGGCGUCAAUAUUGUUCCGAAGGAGCCUGCAGAUACCUGGGUCACGGUCGGCGUCUCGUGGUAUAUCACGGAUACAUUUAUGCGCAAGCUCUGUGGUAAUAACGAAUAUCGUUUUCGUUUGAAACAGAUGUCUGAUAGAGUUUGUGACCUCGACUAUGAAAGGCCAUCAAUUCAUGACAUGGGGAACAUCUUGCACAUAGACCCUUCCGAGAUCGAUUUCAUUGCGCUCAAGGCCCCCCUUGUUUUAUUCAUCCUUGACCGACGGCUCACGAAGGCCAGUGGAAAGGCAACAAUGUCCCGCAUCAUAUCUCGAUUAUUCUUGAACUCUCGAAUGGGCGACAUACCGAAUGGAGCCGUCACCAGUUCUCUAUUCCAGAAGACCUGCGAACGACUUGGUCACGCGAAGCUGGAUGCGUUUUUCCAGCAGUGGGUCUAUGGCGCUGGAUGCCCCAGAUUUCAAGCUACGCAGAGAUUUAACAAGAAGAAACUUGUCGUUGAAAUGAUGAUAAGACAAGUCCAAGCAGACCCCUCAAGUACACGUGAUUUGGACAAGAAUGCAUUCAUGCGUGAUGUCAAAGAAGAAAUACGAAAUGUUUAUGCUGGGGUCGUCCAGCCUGUGUUUACCGGGUCCAUGACUAUCAGAAUUCACGAAGCUGACGGCACGCCUUACGAACACAUUGUGGAAAUUAAAGAAGGUGUCACCAAGUUCGACAUUCCAUACAACACAAAGUACAAGCGGCUCAAGAGGAAUAAGAGGCAGAAGGAGCGUGCAGCUGCGGCAUCGGGCGGUGACCCAAAUGUUGAAACACAGGAAGACGUUCUGCUCUAUUGUCUGGGCGAUGUACUGCAGAGCGAAGAAGAGAUCCAGGAAUGGAAGCUUGCCGAUUGGAGCAAAGAGGAUGAGGAGCGGAUGGGACAAGAGUCAUACGAGUGGAUCCGCAUGGACGCAGACUUUGAAUGGGUGUGCAAGUUAUCAUUGGCAAUGCCGGGGUACAUGUACCUGUCACAACUUCAGCAAGAUCGAGAUGUCAUUGCUCAAUUGGAGUCGUUACAAUAUAUGGCAGUCCAGCGGGAGCAUCCGCUGAUCUCGUCUAUCUUUGUCAGAACUCUUAUGGACCGGAGAUACUUUUACGGCAUCCGUGUGGCUGCGGCCCAGGCUCUAGUCAAGCAUGCCAAGGAAGAAAUCAACUGGCUAGGGCUGUUCCAUCUCGAGAGAGCAUUUCAGGAACUUUUCUGUCUCCCAGGAUCUCCGAUGACUCGCUCGAACGACUUCGCCGAUAGAGCCGCAUAUGUUCUUCAAUUAGUCAUCCCAGAAGCUAUAUCGAAAGUGCGUGACAACAAUGGCAAGACGCCGAUGAGAGUGAAACGCUUCUUGUAUGACAAGUUGAAAUUCAACGAUAAUUCCAAUAACGAGUACUCCGACAAUUUUUACGUCGCGACAUUGAUGGAAUCGCUCUGCCAUGCGAUGUUAGGAAAAGCCGAGUCUCGGAUGGAUGAUAUGGAUGAUUUUGAUAUGGACCGUGUGCUUGAGACCCAAGCAGAGGACCAACUGGAGAAAGACGCCAUUGCAGAGAUUGAUCGAUACAGAAGAAUGGAUGAAUGGUCCAGUUCCUUCCAGAACAUCUAUUCUCGCGCCGCAUUACGUUGCCAAGUGCAACUCAUGAAAGCCAACAUACUGAGUCUCGACUUGAUGCAGUUUUUGCCUUACACACGAGCUGCAACUUACGACCUUCUCCGUCUCGAUGCAUUUGAAUGUCUUGUUGAGCUCGAUCUCUUUCGAAGCCCCGAACUCUUGCGAUGGUUCAUAUUUACUAUGUCGAACGAUUCCUCGGCUUUGAUCCGGCGACGACUUCACGGCCUGUUUGGCAAGGCCCUGGCCCCUGUCGCCUUUGGCCGUGAUAUGAACCAAGAACAAGCAGCCAACGCCGAUAAUUUGAUUAUAGAGCAAGAAUCCUCGACUGAAGUCCGUCAAGCAGAUCUUGCACGAAGGCAGACCGUUACCGGAGCCUUGGGGGCUUUAAAGAAUGAGUUAUCCGGCGACCAGGUACUGAAAGAAUCCCUCUGGGCCGCAUGCAACUCUCCUUACAUCGGGGCGCUUGAGCUCUCUGAGUUCAAUGAUCUUUGUCGAGUCUUAUAUGACGCUGUCACGUCCCGCAUGGUCGUUCUGAAGUACCCCCGCUAUUGGGCCGUCAAGCACCUUGGAAAAGGUCGUUUACACUUCUUCCGAUCAAGCAAAAUCCGGACAGCAACCCCUGCAUCCAAAGAUUCUGCAACCGCGAAGCGCAAGCGCGAAGACCAGGCAAUGGCAGCGCCUGCCCCACGCAUAACAUUCAAGAACUCUAAACUGGGUCCCAGUGUGACCCCAUACAGCCCGAAACCGAGCUCACAACCGACACCCAAGCUGCACAUCUCCAAUAUGCCCUCCCCUGCGCCUCAAGCGCCGCCAACGAAGACAACUACCGCUCCCUCAACCCCAUCUACACCUAGUGGCGGGGGUUUCAAACUGAAAUUGAAAUUCGGCCAAAAGCCGAAAUAGUCAUACCCAAUCAAACUUGAUACCAUUAUUUGCCUAAUUCUUUAUCAUAUUGGGACUUCGGAAAGGGGUCAGGUUAGGAGACGCAUGGCGGGGGGGUUGCAUGGAGUCAUUAUUCUAUUUUUGAUCAUGGAUGUGUUCUAUAUUUUAGAAGAGCCGAUCCUCUAUUCUGGAUUAUUUUUUGAGGAACAGCUUAUUCACGCGCCUACCUAUUUGACUUGGGGUCCAGGUUGUGCCUGGGAAAGUGACGAUCACGCAGCUGUCGAGGAUCUAUUCUUCCAGCGAAUCUCAUCCUCACGAAGUUCCAACCACAAAGGUUUCCAGUGUUUUUUUUUUUUUUUUUUUUGAUUUGUAUUGAGAUUCUCGUAGCCAGAGAGUCA